AUGACAGAUUUGCCUAAUAAAAGAUAUGAGAGUCAAACACUCCAAAACAAAGUGUAUAAUCAAAAAGAAGUAUUUGAUUCUACUAAAUUCAUGGUUGAAUUAAUGAAGCAAUACGAAGAUGUAAAGGAUACUCACUACGAUUAUAUCAACCAAAAUAUUACCUUCAUAGACACAAAAACUAAUAAAGGUUACAUAGCAAAAUCAACUUUUAAACUUAAUGUGAAAGAUGAAAUGAAAGAUAAGGAUGGAUGUUUAUUACGGGAAGUAAUAACUGAAAUAAUUGAAGCUAUACCAACGAGAGUAAGUGAGGGUGUGGAUUAUGCGACAAAAGUAAACAUUAGUGUCUCAAUUGAGUUUAUAAGCAGAGUAUGUGUCAAAGAUUUUGUUAUGAUUCAAGGCAAAGUGUUUAAACUUCUUGAUAAUAAUGGUAUAGGUGAUGCAAUUCUCUAUGAUCCCUAUACAAAUUAAGUUAUCGCUAAAUGUCAGUGUGUAUUUGUUACAAAUGAAAUGAGCUAUAAACUGUGA